AUGAAAAACCAUUCUACUGUGACUAAGUUUCUACUUUUAGGAUUAACUGACCAGUCAGAGCUUCAACUGCCCCUCUUCUGCCUUUUCUUAGGGAUCUACAUGGUUACCAUGGUGGGAAACCUAGGCAUGAUUUCAAUAAUUGGAUUGAAUUCUAAACUUCACACACCCAUGUACUAUCUUCUCAGUAGUCUGUCUUUUUUAGAUGUCUGUUAUUCUUCUGUCAUCACUCCCAAAAUGUUGGCAGGGUUUUUAUACAAAGAUAAAGCUAUUUCCUAUUCUGGAUGCAUGGCUCAGUUGUUUUUUUUCUGUAUAUUUGUCAUUUCAGAAUGCUACAUGUUGGCAGCAAUGGCCUAUGAUAGCUAUGUUGCAAUCUGUAAGCCACUGCUCUAUAAUGCCAUCAUGUCCUCUCUGGUCUGCUGUCUGCUAGUGGCUGGUGUUUUCUCAGUAGGUUUGAUAGAUGCUGUGAUUCAUGUAGGUUGUAUAUUAAGGUUGUCUUUCUGUGACUCAAACAUCAUUAGCCAUUAUUUCUGUGACAUUGUCCCUCUUAUUAAACUUUCCUGUUCAAGCACUUAUAUUGAUGAACUUUUGAUUUUUGUCAUUGGUGGAUUUAACAUGGUGGCCACCAGCCUGAUGAUCAUUAUUUCAUAUGCUUUCAUCCUCUCCGGUAUCUUCCACAUCCACUCUAAAGAGGGCAGGUCCAAAGCCUUUAGCACCUGCAGUUCCCACCUGACAGCUGUUCUUCUAUUUUAUGGCUCCCUCAUGUCUAUGUAUCUGAAACCUGCUACUGACAGUUCCCUCACCCAGGAGAAAGCAUCUUCAGUAUUUUAUACUACCGUGAUUCCCAUGUUAAAUCCCUUGAUAUAUAGUCUGAGGAAUAAGGAAGUAAAAAAUGUAUUGAUAAAACUCUUAAAAAGAAAAGUAUCUCAUAAUGAAUGUGCUCCUUAUUAA